AUGGCGUUCCUCAUGGGUCUGUCGAUACCGACCUAUUCGUUGAUAUUCGGCGACAUAAUGGCAACGAUGGCCGAGACGUCCAUCGAUAAGAUACGCGAAGACGUCUUCCUAUACGCCAUGCUUUUCGUGGCGAUGGGUAUUGUGUCGGGGAUCGUGGCCUUCCUUCAGUUAUAUUUAUUCGGUGUCUGUGGGGAACGCCUAACGAUGAGACUCCGGCGUAUGGUAUUCACAGCGAUGUUACAGCAGGAGGUGGGCUGGUAUGACGAGCAGGAGAAUAGUACCGGUGCUCUCUGUUCCCGGCUCUCAGCCGAUGCAUCGGCCGUUCAGGGGGCGGCCGGUUCUCGAAUGUCGACCCUCUGUCAGGCGGCGUCCACCCUAUGCGCCGGUAUUAUAAUCGCUAUGAUAUACAACUGGAAGUUAGGGUUAGUUAUGAUCGGUUUCACGCCUUUCGUGAUCGCCGCCACAUAUUUCCAGAUGAAAAUACUCAGCGGACAGGUAUCUGACGAUAAGAAGUCGCAAGAAGAGGCCUCGAGGGUCAGUACUACCGUUGAACUGCCGGUGCUUAACCUAAACAUAGCGGUGGAGGCGAUCACGUGUAUCCGGACAGUGGCGUCACUACAUCAGGAAAACACAUUUCUUACGAAUUACACGAAAGCAUUGGAAACACGGUUUGAAAAAUCCAAAAUCAAGGCCCAUAUGAGAGGCAUUACCUUUGGGGUCGCACAGAGUUUGGGUAACUUUUCCUAUGCGGUCGCACUUUUCUACGGGUGCCGACUCAUCGUGGACCAGGAGCUCACUUAUGGCGACCUUUUCAAGUUAGCACUAGAAAAAAGAGUACCGAAGCACUCAUAUUUGGGACCGCAAUGGUUGGACAAGCAGUCGGUUACAUUCGCACCGGACUACCAAAAGGGACGGUUAGCCGCGGUUCACAUCUUUAAACUGUUGGACAGAUUACCGAAAAUAUGUGUCAAUCAGUCGACCGGCGAUAUGCCGGACGUGUGCGACGGGAACGUGCGGUUCGAGGAUCUGGAGUUCACAUACCCUACCCGCCCUAACGUCAAGAUACUGAACGGACUGAGCUUUGACGUGGGGAAGGGUCAGACGGUGGCGGACCAUCCGCGGUCACCAACGCCGUUUUCAUAUGCUCACGCUGCCGCCCCUUCACCAGACAGGAUACUCAGGAUUAUGGACAAUAAGAAUAUCGUGAAUCUGAAUAUUCCAUGGCUUCGCCGAAAGUUAGGGAUCGUAUCGCAAGAGCCGGUGCUCUUCGGCUACAGUAUAGCCGAUAAUAUCGCGUAUGGAGACAACAGUCGCACUGUUAGUCUAAAUGAGGUGAUCCGGGCCUCCGAGAGGGCUAACAUUCAUUCGUUCAUCAAAUCACUUCCUAUGGGUUACGACACACCCGUCGGCGACAAAGGCACUCAACUCAGCGGUGGGCAGAAGCAGAGGAUAGCCAUCGCCCGGGCACUCGUCAGAGACCCGCAAAUACUGCUCUUAGACGAGGCUACCAGUGCUCUCGACUCCGAGAGUGAAAAGGUGGUUCAACAGGCACUGGAUGAGGCCCGAGAGGGCCGCACAUGUAUUGUGAUCGCACACCGACUGUCGACUAUACAAAAUGCGGACAAAAUAGUUGUCGUCAGCAAAGGAGUGGUUGUGGAGGAGGGACGUCAUCAGGAGUUGAUCGCCAAAAGGGGGGCUUAUUAUGACUUAUAUAACGUACAGAAUUUAAUGCAUUAGCAUCACCGGCAGGAAAUGGAGGUCCGGUAGUGAUAAUCCUAAUAUAGUGGUAAAACAACUUAAAUUAAAACUUCUCAUUCAGUGUAUUCA